ACAAAGCGGUCACGGUAUUGACCUUCUUAUCUUGAGGUCAGGCUUGUGGACGCUUUUCCUGUGAUUUUUUGUAGUGAUAUUUUCAUGAAAGCAGUGAAAUCGUGAGGACUCGAGAAUGCUCAAACUGUUCGUAUGUCUCCUUGCAUUGGUUGCCUUCACAGAGGCGAAGACCAAUUUUAAAGAGCGUCUCCGUGACUUUUUUGUACAAGUCAGCAAAAAUGAAACACUUCUUAAAAUGUACAGAGAGCACGAACAGCAAUAUAUCGAGGCCAGGGAACGAUUCAUGCAUCACAGAAACAGAACUGGAAGAGCGGUGUCAACAUUCCAAUGUCUUGCUACAUACCCACUGAAUCUCCAGCCUUCUUCUUCCGUUCAUACCUUGAGACCAGAACAUGUAAGUGUUGUGGCUGCCAUGGGGGACUCAUUGACUGCUGGUAAUGGUAUCCUUGGAAACAAUAUACUCGAUUGUUUGACAGAGUAUAGAGGUCGCUCUUGGAGUAUUGGAGGAGACUUAAACUUUGCACAGGGAGUGGAAACCUUACCAAAUAUCUUAAAAGAGUUUAACCCACAUCUACAUGGCUACUCUCUCGGAAAAUGUGAUGAGACAAACUAUGCUUGUUCACAACUCAAUGUCGCCGUCGCCGGAGAAACUUCACAAGAUAUGCCAGAUCAAGCACGUGACCUAGUUAGUCGUCUCACUAAUCCUAACUUCGGCGUUGAUUUGAUGAACGAAUGGAAAGUGAUCACAGUGUUCAUUGGAGGAAACGACCUUUGCGACAUCUGCAAUAACUACAAUAUUCAUCAACCGUCGAGUUACCUGGCUAAAGUAGAAGAAGCUCUCGAUAUUCUGCAUCAAAAUAUACCAAAGGCAUUCAUUAACCUCGUUCAGAUCUUCGAUAUAACACCACUUGCACGAGUUUCACAAGGUUUCUUCUGUAAUCUAAUUACACAAAGUGUAUGCGGAUGCGCUAAGAAUGUAAAUAAUAAUGCCAUGCUCCAAGGAGCCUCUCACGAAUACCAGGCUGGUUUGCAACGGUUAGUGGAUAGUGGAAAAUAUGAUACAAGAGAUGACUUCACAGUUGUCCUUCAACCUUUCUUUGAAGAUACGGAGCCUGUCAGAGACCACUCCGGUGGAUAUGAUCUAGCAUACUUCGCACCGGAUUGUUUCCACUUCAGUGACCUCGGAGCAAACGCUGCCGGAAAAUCUCUCUGGAACAACAUGAUUGAACCAGUUGGAUCAAAGAAGCGAGAAUGGCAUCUGAAUGAAGCUUUCCAUUGUCCACACACUAACUUUCAAGCAGAUAGUGUGUUUAGGACAAAGAAAAACUAGGACAAUACUGUUCCAAGCGGAUGGAUGUAGAUUUGUUAUAUGAAAUGAUAAAUAUCAAUAAAUUAUACAUACACAAAUAA